AUGAUUUACUCUAUUUGGAAUGUCAGGGGCCUGAAUGACCCUGGCAAAGUUGCCUCUGUAAAGAGGUUGCUUCAUUCCCAUUCAGUUGAUGUUGUUGGUCUGCUUGAAACAAAAAUCAAAUUGAAAAAUGUUCUCACUUAUCAGAGGAAGUUUGGCUCUUCUUGGCUUUGGUUGUGCAAUUAUGAUCAUUCUCCCAAAGGGAGGAUCUGGCUUGGUUGGAAUGCAGAUAGAGUAACUGUUAAUGUCUUGAAGGUUCAUGAACAGUUCAUUCAUUGUAGUGUCUCUUCUAAGGACCUCUCUACUCAAAUUCAUCUCACUAUUGUCUAUGGGCUUCACUCCAUUCAUGAUAGGUUUCCUUUGUGGGAAGAUAUUAGAAGCAUCUCUAUUCAGCAUUCUACUUGGCUUUGUGCUGGUGACUAUAACUCUGUUCUUCAUACUUUAGAUAGGCUUCAUGGUAAUGAUGUUACAGAUUAUGAUACUAGAGAUUUUCAGAGUCUGGUUGAUGAUCUGGACCUCACUAAGAUCAAAAGCAAAGGAGCCUUCUACUCUUGGUCAAAUAAGGCUCACACUGGUCCUAGAACUCUCUCUAGGAUUGAUAGGGUCUUUGGUAACCAAGCUUGGCUGGCCUCUCAUGGGCAUGCUAAGACUGUCUAUCUCCCCCCCUCUUUAUCUGAUCAUAUUCCAGUUAUGUUGGAUGUUUGUUCUUCCCCUGCUGGGAAAGGUAGACCUUUUAGGUUUCUAAACUGUAUUGCUGAUCACCCUGAUUUCCUUGAUACUGUUUCUCAGGCUUGGAGUUCUGGUAGUUCUAUUUGGCAGAAACUUAAUUCUGUGAAGUCUAGUAUCAAGUUUCUUAAUAGCAAGUAG